AUUCCCACCCUCUGUAUCCAACGUCCACCAAGAACAGAGACGCCAAAUAGCUAUGGCAGUUCCGACAGCGGAGAAAGUGUAAGUUUGGGUGAGAGAGAGAGAAGGGGAUUGAAGAGAAGACGGAGACCAACGUCUGGAAUUCUCCCACCAACAAGAUCCCUCUGCUUCUUCCUCUGUCACUCCACAAUCUCCAUUGUAGAUCUCAGAAAUCCCCUUUUGAGGGUUUGAUUUAAUGGCCUACAGAGGGCGUGGUCGGGGGCGCUCACGGCAGGCUAAGCAAGUCUCAUUUGAACUUUUCCCUGAAGUUGAGAACUUGGGUAAUGCAGCUAGUGUCACUGAAAGGAUAACUUUGGCAAUUUGGCAGGCAAAUUUACAGAAGUAUUGGAACUCCUCUCCUUAUUAUUUGGCAGAGGAAAGUGAUGUUUUGAAGAAAACGAAAGGAAUGGAUAUAGAAAGGUUUUCGGAUAGAAGCUCAGAGAGGGCCAAGUCAAAGCCACCAUUGACGCACUUCAUUAGGAUGGAUUCUGCCCAUGUUCCUGCAGAAUUAGCUAAAGGUGGAAGGGAGGAGAGACAUGCUGCAAAAAGAGUGCGUUGGAGCCCAGAGUUAGACAUGAAAAAAUUGGAUCUUUUGGAAAAGCUUGAUCAAAAGUCUAAGGGCGAUGAUGAAAAGAAAAAAGAUGGUGAAGAUGAGGACGAAGAACAAGAGGAGAAGAUUGAAGAGGAGGAAGAAUUUAGUGAUGACGGAGAUUACAAUCAGAAUCUUUAUGAUUACGAUGAUGAUGAAGACGACUACAACAUGAAUGAAGAUAAUAAUGAUGAUGCCAUGUAUUGAAGUUGCUUGGUGGAGUGGUUUUUGCUUGCCUUUGGAAUUUUUUUUGCAGAGAUGGAAUUCUUUAAUUACUGUUAUUGGACUUCUAGAAAGCUCAUAGGCCUUGUAAAUUAGCAAACAGCUAUUUAAUUUUGGACAAUCAAGAAAAAACAUUUUCUUCUUGUGUCUUAGAGAGGCUCCCUUUGGACAGAUCAACAAGUAUGCGAUCUAUGUAUAUGUUUAGACUGAAAAAGAACAGACCUUCUGUUUCAAGAAACUACAUCCAUGGGCAUGGUAUGCCUGGAUGGCCUUUUUUAUCAUCUUCUUCCCUGUUCAUUAAUGCAAGAACUCCAUUCGUUUUUUUUU